AGUCUUUGCACCUGCUGCGCGCUCCGCUCUCUUCUUCUUGCACGCUCCUCAUGUAAUGCGCCGUGACUUUGCGCGACCGUAAUUAUCUUGCGCGUCCGUCCGUUGAGGCGUGCCCUGUUGAUCAUUUCAUCCGUGUUAUAUGCAAACCCCUGCCCGCCAACCCGCUUUCCCUUCUCCACAUAAGUCGCCGACCACUACCAACCCGCCCUGCUCCGCUGCAGCACGUUAGAUACUCUCCACCAACGCCCACCUCUACUUCACGACCUUCACGACUGCUCGUUGGACGACUCUGCUUUCCGUACCUCGUACUCCCUCUUACGCACGCCAUUCCCACGCAUUCACCUUUUACUCUCCUAUACUGGUCAUCAUUCGACUCCGCUUACAAACCACGCACUACACCACAACACCUCAACACCUUGCAUACGACCAACCCGCCCAGCAUGUCAGAUAUCGCCCAGUCCUUCGCCUUUCUGCAACACACUAUACCACAAUGGCUCCAGGAUGUUACGAACGUAGAAGAGAAGGUCACCAGCAUGCAAGAGGAGAUUGCUAGGGUAUCUGUGUCGGCAUCGCCGUUCGUAAAGGGCAGGACAGGGUCUAUGGAGUCGAUACGACCUGAGAAACUAGACACUGUCAUAGAAGAGAUGGCGCCAUUGAACAACACACCGUUCAACCCGCUUGGUAGCCGUAAACGCAAAUCGCCCUCGAUCACUUCUGGUCGCGCCUUAGGACCCACGAGAUACCGCCCAAAGACGAUGGUGGUCGUCAGUUACGAUGGAGACAUGCAGAAGUCGUUCGAGCUGCUCGUACGAGGGCUGGCAACAGGGCGCAACAUGCUGAGGAAGGCAAAGAUGGAGGCGAAGAUGGCCGAAUUGGCUGCCAUCGCAGGCUCAAGCGAAGACGAGGAUGAGGAAGAGGACGAUGAGGAAGAGCACAUCAUGUCGAAGAUCAGCUAUCGACCACAAAUGGCAUCCAUGCGAAUACGUGCUGCAGCGGCCAGACGAGGUGGUCGAGGCGGUCGUAGUGGUGGUCCAGCUCCGCCAGUCGAGCUUUUCGAGACAACAGACAAGACAUUGGAGCAAGCACAGGAGCUGUGUGAGAAGUCGGCCCACCUCACCCUACGUGAUGGCGACUGCGGAACCGAGCUGAAGCUUGUUCGAAUGUACUUGGAGAACGUUCUCUCCACGGCGAAGGUAGAAGUCACGAAGUGCGCUGCUAGCCAAUCACAACCGACACAACUUCCACAAGACCAAGACACGUCCGAUACAUCAGUGUCUUCGAUAGAGCCAUCGUACAAGAGACACUUCCCAAGCAUCUCCGCACCCAAGCCAACAUCUGAAUCAGAAGCAAAUUUGGAGCCCGUCACCACUCAAUCAACCAUUCGUACGCCUGUCGCAGCCCCAAUUACUGCACCGAAGACGAUGGAUAUUGAGGUCGACGAUGAUGACGAAGAUGAAGACAUGGAAUUCGUCAUGCCACCUGUGCGCUUUACCUCGCGGCGAGCUGCUCGCGCCUAAAAAACAUCUCACUGUACAUUGUUUGGUCAUAUUUGCGUUCGAGCGAUUUAUUUGGAUACUCUUUACAUGGCGUCUCAAGGGCAUAUCGAAGGGGCAGUAUACCAGGUUGCAUCAUGCCUGUUAUAAUGAGGAUACCCCAUUUGCAUCACCUACAUUGAAAUGGCAGAGGGAAUUGCCACUCGCUUUUGCUUCAAUAUAUGUUUACUCGACAUCUUAAUUACUGUCACUUCAUUGCAUUUGGCAGACGCUGCUGAUGCUUUGAACUACCCAUAGCGAUACCCAAUGCACUGCGUUUAUCACCAAUGUUACAG